AUGAAGUUAAAACGAUGGUUGUCUAUUAGUAGUUCUAGUAGGUCGAAAUACAGUUCAAAGGAAAGCUUACCUGAGAAUACUAGUACUGCUGAAAAUACCCCUAGAAACUCCAGUAACAGACAAAGAAAUAGAAGAUUAUCACUAAAUGAACCAUUUUUGAAAUUGGAUCUUAAUAAUUCCAAGAUAAGUGUUCACAACACUUUAUCGUUUACCAAUAAUGAAGAAUUGCAUUCUACUGAAUAUCCUGUAACUUCUGCAGAUGAAAGCAAUGAUGAAUUCGUAGAGGCUCAUGAAACUGUACCUAUGCAGAAUGAUAUUGAUGAUCAAAUGCAAGAGUUGAAUAAUCAAUUAGGAAGGAUUGAUAGCUCAACUAAAGUUUUCGGUUUUGAGAAUUUUGGCAAUACCUGUUAUUGUAAUUCAGUGUUACAGUGCUUAUACAAUUUCUCUGAGUUGAGGGAUAAUUUGAUUUUAUAUCCUGAAGAGGCAAAAUUUGAUCCUGAACAGUUCGAUAAUUCUAUUAGUAUUAAAAAUGUAAUAGGUGAUGAAGAAAAUCAAGGGAUUUAUUAUAAUAAUUCUUCAAACAAGAAUAGUUCCAGUAAAUUGAAUAUUCUGAAAUCAAAUAAUGCUUCAUGUUCGCAUGACCAACUUAAUUUGAAUUCUGUAUCAUCUGCGAAAAGUAAAUCGAAUGUAAAAAGGAAUAAGGACAAUAAUUACAUGUACUUAACUACUAAUUCUACAUCUGCAUCGUUAGUAACAAUAUCAUCUUCUAAUUCUUUGCAAGAAAAUGAAAAUGAAAAUGAAUCCAGUGGUAAUUUACAAAGUUCAGGUCAUGAACAUGCAGUCAAAGAACAAAUUGACACUUCAAAACUUAUUAUUGUUGGAAGACCUCAAGUGGCUAAAUCAAAAUCAACUAUGACAUUAAAUACUCAUAGUUAUCAAGGUCGGGAAUUAAACGCUAUAAAUGAACCAGAGAAUAAUCAUGAAAAUACAGAAAAUAAUCAUACAUUUACGAACUCUAAACAAAAUCUAAUUGAUACAAACAUUUCUAAAGAUAACGAAACUAAUGAUCAUAACACUUGUAUUACUAUUGAAGAAAGGAAAAAAAAUGCUCUCGCAAGAGGACCUGUAAUAAACAUUGAUCGAUUGCUUAACCAAGCGAGUGAAUCUAAUAUGUAUAAUGGAUUAAAGGACAUAUUUUUAACAAUUAAGGGUAACAGAUAUCUAACAGGAGUAGUAUCGCCAUCCGAAUUAAUUGAAAUUUUAAAGAAAGAAAAUGUAUUAUUUGAUACAGGAAUGCACCAAGAUGCUCACGAAUUCUUAAACUUUCUUCUUAAUGAAUUAAGUGAAUAUAUAGAUAGAUCCAAUUUAAAGAUAGAAGAAACUGAAAAAACUGAAAAUUUUAUUAAGAAUAUAUUUCAGGGUACUCUAACUAAUAAGAUUAGAUGUUUAACAUGUGAUAAUGUAACUUCGAGGGAUGAGCCUUUCUUAGAUCUUCCGAUUGAAGUUAAAUCAAGGAAUGAAACUGAUAUUAAGAAAGCUCUGUCAAAUUAUCAUCAAAGAGAAAUGUUGAAUGGAUCUAACAAAUUUUAUUGUGAUGGUUGCUGUGGAUUACAAGAAGCUGAAAGAAUUGUUGGUAUAAAGCACUUGCCAAAAAUCCUUUCCUUACAUUUAAAGAGAUUUAAAUAUUCAGAAGAAAACAAUGCAAAUAUUAAAUUAUUCAAUAAAAUUACAUACCCAUCUGAAUUGCAUGUACGUUCUACGUUCGAUCGUAGUAUCUCCAAGAAAUAUGAGUUAAGUGGUAUUAUUAUCCACCUUGGAGCUGGGCCACAACAUGGACAUUACGUAGCAAUGUGUAAAACUGAAAAGUUUGGAUGGUUAUUAUAUGAUGAUGAAACUGUAGAAGCAGUUCUUGAAAAGGAUGUAUUAAGGCAUGUUGGUGACAGUAAUGAUCUGGCAACGGCUUACAUUUUGUUUUAUAAAACAAUUGAAACGCAGGAUAGCGAUAUGGAAAAUAAUGGUGAUGAAAUAAAUUUAGAUAAUAAAACAGAACCUAUUGAUCAAUACGAAAAAAAUCUACAGCAAUUCAUUAGUGAUGAUGAACUUCUUAGAAGUUCGGAAAUUCGUAGUAAAGAAUUAAUGGAACAGAGGACACUUAAUGAGGUUGAACCAGAUAAUGAAAUUCUAGAUAACAGGGUUAAAAGAAGUUCAUUCUCUAGUAAAUCCAUAAAACGUACAUCUAAGUUGUUUGGAUUCAAAAGAAAGCAAUAA